AUGGCGGCCACAACAACAUCGACAAGCAAGACAGAUGGAGAACCGCGGCCGAUACGCGUCACGACCGGUGGUCAUGUGGUUAAGUACGCCGAGCGUGCAAUUGCGCUGCUCGAGGCCGGCUCGCCCGCAAUCCUCACAACGCAGCUGUCGACUGAGCCGAAAGCAAACUCAACACUGCAUCCGGCCACUCUGGCUAUUCCGCGCCUGAUCUCUGUUGUCGAGAAGGUGAAGCGCGAGUGGCUGAAAACACACAACGAGGUCUGGCAGUACAACGUCUCGGGGCACAUGAAGAGCCAGGAGAGACCGAGUCUCGAACGCGUACUGAGCGGGAAAACUAAGCCCAAAAUGACCCACAACCCGUACCUCGAGAUCACAUUGAGUGGGAGUGAGCUCGACCUUGAGGGCGCGACUGUCCAGCACGAGCGGAGAAAGAAGGAGAAGCGCAAGUCGGACGUAGCGCGGGACGACGUUCAGGCGAAGCGCGCUCGACUCGGUUAA